GCCCGGGGAGCGCCGUGCCUGCCGGGGCCGCCCCACCCGCCCGGCAGGACCGGCCCUAGGCGGGACGGACGGACGGACGGACGGACGGAUGGAGCUGCGCGGGCCCGGCAGGAGGAGGAGGAGCGCUCCGGCCGCACCAUGGACGAGCGCUUCAACAAGUGGCUGCUGACGCCGCUGCUCACGCUCCUCUUCGUGCUCAUCCUCUACCAGUACGUCUCUCCCACCUGCCCCGCCGCCUGCCCCAACUUGGGGGACCAGGGGGGCGCGGGGGAGCCGCCCCAGGACCGGCCCGCCACGGCCCGGGGGCGGCCGGGCCAAGCGGAGGCCCCGAAGGAGCAGGGGGUCGACGACGACGACGACGACGACGACGACGACGAGGACGACGACGGAGGAGCCCCCGGCCGCGCCCCGCCGGGCCCCCGCUUCAACUUCAGCGGCCGGGACCUGGCCCGGGCCGGGGCCGCCUUCGACAUGAAGGGCCGGGACGUCAUCGUCUUCCUGCACAUCCAGAAGACCGGCGGCACCACGUUCGGGCGGCACCUGGUGAAGAACAUCCGUCUGGAGCAGCCCUGCGCCUGCAGGCCCGGCCAGAAGAAGUGCACCUGCCACCGGCCCGGCCGAAAGGACACCUGGCUCUUCUCCCGCUUCUCCACCGGCUGGAGCUGCGGGCUGCACGCCGACUGGACCGAGCUCACCAACUGCGUGCCGGCCCUCAUGGAGAAGAAGGACUGCUCCCGCAACCACAGCCGCGCCAGAAACUUCUAUUACAUCACAAUGUUGAGAGAUCCAGUGUCACGGUACUUGAGUGAAUGGAAGCACGUCCAGAGAGGCGCCACCUGGAAGACGUCCCUGCACAUGUGUGAUGGAAGAAGCCCGACUCCAGAUGAGCUGCCAUCCUGCUAUCCGGGGGACGACUGGUCUGGGGUCCUCUUGAGGGACUUCAUGGAUUGUGGGUACAACUUGGCCAACAACCGCCAAGUCCGCAUGCUGGCGGAUCUCAGCCUGGUGGGGUGCUACAACUUGACGUUCAUGAAUGAGAGCGAGAGGAAUUCCAUCCUGCUGCAGAGUGCUAAGAACAACUUGAAGAACAUGGCCUUCUUCGGGCUCACUGAAUUCCAGAGGAAGACACAGUAUCUGUUCGAGAGGACCUUCAACCUCAAGUUCAUCUCUCCCUUUACCCAGUUCAAUAUCACCCGAGCCUCCAACGUGGACAUCAGCGAGGGCGCCCGCCGGCGCAUCGAGGAGCUGAACUUCCUGGACGUGCAGCUGUACGAGUUUGCCAAGGACCUUUUCCUGCAGCGUUACCACUACACUAGACAGCAGGACCAUCAUAGGGACAGGCAGAUGAGGCGGGAAGAGAGAAGGUUGUGGCGAGAGCACCGGACCCACCGAUGGCGGAAGGUGGAUGGGGUCUCUGGAGGAGCCGUCACAGAGGACUACAACAGUCAGGUGGUCCGAUGGUGACAUCACCUCCCUCUCCUCCCCUGGGGAAAUAGGACAAUCGGACUGUGCGGUGGACUGUGGAUUUAUGCUGGGCUGGUUCUAAGGAGAGUUGUCAUGAGUUAUUUGGUUGCCAGAAACUUGAGGUGGACUCGGCCCCUCUUUAUCUUAGGUUUUCUUGAUUUUUAACCCCCUGGGGGAUGUUUUUCUUAAUGCAUUUCAAACCAUGUUACUAGACAGAGUGGAAUCUUAUCAUCUCGGAUAGGCCUGUAGAUGAUGGAGGUAACUGGGGUCAAUGGGCAGGAGUCUAAAACCAAAUCCUGUUUAAAUUGAUCUGAUUCAUAAUAACUUUGUACAGUAUGUUUGUGAUGAACAAAAGAGAGAAAACCAUGUUACUCUGCAAGCAUUCAGAGAAACUUUCAAGUAGGAAGAAAAUGACAUUCACCCAUAGGUCUAGCUGUUGCAGUAUGGUUCAUUCCCUUGUCUUUGACCUCUGUUGGCCUGAAUUUGAAUGUGAUUUAUUACACAAGCAAGAUGAGUUUAACUUUGAGUUAAUCUUGGAAAUGUCAUCAUGAUAGAGCCUUUCUCAUCAUUAUUCCACUGCCUUCUGAUUUGUCGUUUUGAAGACACUGGAGUCAAAUCAGUUAUUCAAUGAUAUUUAUUGAGUGACUGCUGGAUAGAGAGCAUUGUACUUAAGUGCUUAGAAGAAUACAGAAGUGUAGUAUAAGAUAUAGUCCAUGUUUUGAAGAGUGUGCAGUGUAAUGGAAAUGCGGGAAAUGGUUGGUUCUACCUUCGAAAGAAGUGUAUCCUUGGGAGAGGUGCUGUUGGAGAUAUCUCAUAUGACUUGAUCAAUCAUUCAAUCAGUAAUUUUCACUGAGUUCUUACUUUGUGCCAAACACUGUACUAAGUGCUUGGGAAAGUACAGUAUAGAUAAUAGUAGACACAGUCCCUGCUCUCAAGGAGUUUACAUGCUUCUAAAGGCUCUUCAGUAGUGGAUAAUGAGAUCAUAAUCAAAUUAUUUUCUUGAAAACCAAAAGGAACUGGGGAUCAAGGAAAACAUAGGGAAAACCUGGUAAUGAACAUUUUCCAACUCUGUUAGAAAAGGGUAUUUUAUUAUGUGACAUUAACUUGGAAUAGACCAGCUUGAUUUAGUCACUUUCCUUUCCUAAUUCAGUAUUUGAAGAACGAGAUCAAACACACAAUGGGGAUGCACCACAAAAGACUGCACAAGAUAUAUAUGGGUGCAGAUUUGGUAUUUGAAUGUAAUUACUCAUUCAUGGAAGGUAGAUUACUGCUGCAGAAAUGGCUGACACAAAUGAAGCAUUUAGGAUUCCACUGAGGAUAGUUAAAAGGAGCUGGAGGUGGGGCAAGCUGUCACAGAAUUCUUCAUUGGAAUCCAUGGCCUUAACAAUUGGGAAAAGGUGCCAUUGACUGGCAGGAGUAGACACUCAGCUCUUUUUUUUUUCCAACCCUUUCAUAUCAAUCAGUCAAUUCAUCAGGAAUGUUUAUUGAGCACUUUGUUCAGAACACUAUUCAAGUGCUUGGGGGAGUACAAUACAGUAGAAUUAGUAGACACAAUCUCUUCCCUCAAGGAGCUGAUGGUCUAGCAGACACUAUAAUAAAUUACAUGUAAGGAAAUCAAUUGAAUUUAAAGAUCUGUGCCUAAGAGCUAUACAGGUAGGGGUUGGAUGAAUACAUGAUUGCCUAGUAGUGGUGGUUAAGGUGACACAGUUGGGAGGGAGAUAGGAUGGAGAGAUGACAGCCUAAUCUGGGAAGGCUUCCUGUAGAAGAUUUGAUUUCAAUAGGUUUUUGAAGAUUAGGAGAGGAGUGGUCUGAUGAGGGCAUUAAUUUGGGCAACAAUAGUUAUCCUUGGUUGGUGAUGGAAUAAGAAUAGAUAUCUUCAAAAGCCUGGCCGAGAAAUUGCAUCCCUCCUUAUUCUGGAUCAGAGGAGAGAAAAGUGGGCUCUCUGGGGACAGCUGGGAAAAGGCAAGGAUUAGUCAGGCAAAACAGCUGCAUUUUCAACAGAGACAAUUUGCUUCCAAGGAGUGGAAGUUGGAAUUGAUGAGCAGAACUUCCCAUUUGACUGUUUCAACACUGAUGUCCUGCGUAGAUAGGAUCUGCAAAUUACCCUUUCCACCCAGCACCGAGAGAUAAUCCACUAAGAUGUAGGUGGAAAAUUUUAAAUGAUUCAAUAAAAAUAUUCAACAUUGGAGUUCUAGAACAUAAGCAGUUGACUAGGAUGUCUUAAAAGUUGCAUCCACCUCAGCACUUAGAAGAGUGCCUGGCACAUAGUAAGUACUUAAUAAAUGCCAUUAUUAUUAUUAUAGACAAAAAUCUACUGCCUUUUGGUAUCCCAUGUGUCAACACACUUAGCAUUCCUGUUCUAUGGUCCCUGAGUUGCAGGUAUCAGCAGUGAAGAUUCUGGAUACUCUGAUGACCACAAUGAUUUAUUCUUGAGGAACAUUGCUUUUCUGUGUUUGGAUUGUUAUCCCUUAUUUUGUUCAUUACUUUGUUUCUGCUUGAUCAUUUCACUCUUUUUGUGAUUCCAGUGCACUUGCAGGAUUUGGACUAUAUUUUUUUUCAUGAAUUCUUCAAUUAAAUGUUGAAAGGAAAAUUCAUCUUUUUUUCCCAUUUGUUGCCAUGUUUUAGGUGAAAGGGUAAUUAAUAAAUGGACAGUAAAUUAUUUUUCCUUGGGAAAUGUUUUCUUUAGUUUAUGUGCAAUAAUAUGUAUAAACUCUGCUAUUAGGAGAUUGUAUUGUGGCAUUAUCACCUUUUAAAAAGAUAGUUUGUUGAAUUGAGGAUUUUCAUUGAUGUAAAGCACAAUUUAAUGAAUAGGAUAAUGUAAUAAAUCAUUGUGAUGUCAAAAAUAA